AUGAACUUCGAGAUCAUUCUGUUUCUCGUUCAAGCAUUAAUCGUGCUAGGGAAGCCCGCUCAUCAAGAUGAAGGUAUGAGUUUCACUGUAAAGCAUGCUGGGAUGAAAAAAAAAAUCUCCCACCAAUGGCGUAGCUCCACUUUCUGCAUAUAAACCCACACACAACCCACGAUUCCUCUAAUCGCUCUGACGAAGGGCUAACGCUCGAAACGUCAGCUUUUUUACCCUUUACGGUGGCUAAUUUACGUUUUCAACCCAGUUGUUGACACUAAAUUACCUGAAAAAAAAUAGUUUCCAUUCAAGAAGAAGUUUCUUUAUUUUUUAGAUGAUACUGUACUUGGAAAUGCGCAAUCAUAUUUAAAAAUUUCCACUCGCACUAGUUUAGAAUCAGAUUUUUUUGCCAAAAAAUGUAUUCCGAUAGUUUAGUUAAAAAUCAAUAAAGCACAUUUAUUCAUGCUCACUUGGAAUUUGCGCUAUUAUCGCUAAAUUAUGAUUAUCAAUUGUGAGACCUUCGCCCCCGAUAGUUGUGCCAGCCUAAAUUAUCACUAGAGUAGUGCAUGGAAAAGAAGAAUAAAAAAGUAAUUGUAAAAUGUAAAAUUUGAGAUCUGUAACUGCUGUGGUAUUGUGUACCUAAAAUGGCAUGAUGUAAACAUUUUUUGUUAUGCUAUUCAUCUCUCUCGUCUUUCUCUGUCUUAUUCAAAUAACGAACAGAAGAUCAUAUCAUAGUACGCAUUUAUUUCAGAUAUAAUGGCCAUAAAGUUUCUUUUGUCUCGUUUACACCAGCUCUAUCAAUAAAAUUGAUAAUGUAAGCGAAUAAACGUCAUUGAUUCCAUGAAAUUUAAGCAAUAAUUUCAUUCUCAACGAUUCCUCCCUUUGCCUUUUUUGUCCUUAGUUUUUCUUUUCUGUUGUCUUUGCAUCUUUUUUUUUGGUGGUAGUUAUGCUCUCUUACUAUCAGUUCUCUCCUUUUUUUUUUCUUAUUUUGACAGUAAAAACAAGAUAUGAUACAUUGACUUGGCUACACAUUCAUCACAACCAGAUUGCGAAUCGUAUAAUUUACUGUGUUUUAUAUCUUCAUCUAAGUUGGCAGCUGUGAUGUUAACUCCAGAUACAGAUGGGAAUGCGGUUGGCUUGGAAUAGACAAAGAAACCUGCGAGAAGCGCGGCUGCUGCUGGGAUGACAGUGACCCUUGGGCAAAGUUCUGUUUCGUCAGGAAAUAUAAAAGUAGGAUCCUUCUCAUCUAUGUAGUACAAUUUCAAAUGAUUUCAAAGGUCUUCUCGCUAAACUACGUAUCAUCCCAGGGAUGCUGCUGAAAAAUCCACAUGGAGAAGUUGUUCUUAAAAAUUGCAUUCGGUAUCCUUACUGAUUAGAGUAAAAAAAACUUAAAGUCUGCCUUUUUCAACGGAAGUAUUCAUAACUACUAAAGAGGUAACUUAUUGUGUUGCAGAUCUCCCUGAUGGACUCUGCCCUGUUGCUCCUUCUGAGCGCCAGGAGUGUGGUCAUUAUGGGAUAACAAGGGAUGAAUGUCUGAGUAAAUCAUGCUGUUGGGACCCCACCGUACCUAACGUAAAAUGGUGCUUUAAACAGCCUGGUGAGUAAUUCUGAUGGCACCUUUGAAACGUUCGAACAUAAUUUACCCUUUCCGACUACUUUCCAAAAUCGAGUGAGUGUCAGAGUACAUCAGACAUUUGCUAACCUUCCGUAGCUAACGCAAAAUGGUGCUUUAAAGAACCCGUUGAGCAAAUAUGAUGUCACUUUAGAAUCUUUGGAACCGAAUAUGCUCCCCCCCAAUCAAAGAAUGAAUGUCUAAGUACAUCAUGCUGAGUGGCCUUACCGCAGUGGAAGCUAAAUGGUGCUUUAUCCAGCUUAGUAAGCAACUUUGAUAGCACUGGAAUCGCUGGAAACGACUCCCAUCCUGAGCCGAUGCUUGUUGUUAUCAUGAAAAUAAUAUUUCCCGUACCUAUGACUUUAGAUGGGUUACAUAUUUGUUUUUCUUAAUUGGAAUAGUUAUGAGGGGUAGUUGGAAGAGACUUCACAUUUAAGAUUUUUAUGCGAAACAUUUAAAGUUUUUUUUUCUUGUUAAAAUUUUGUUCAUGAAUUCCUCAAGUUUUUUUUUAAAUGCACCAAUCCUAUGGAUCUGGAUUCCCAAAACGAAAUCUAAUCAUAAAGGGUUGUAACUGAUUUACAUUUUACGCUUUAACAACCAUCGUCUCUCUCCCUUAGAUAAAAUGGUGCAUUAAAUCAAAAGGAGAUUUUCUGAAAACUUCACCCUGAUUAUGGCACCAUAUUUUAACAUCAAAUGUCCAAACUGAUACAAGGAGUGAUGAUUUUAGAUAUAGGAAAUUCAUAUAUUUGCACUGCGGUGAAGAAAUAAAAUUAAGAGAUCCUCGCAACUAAGAAUACUACUGAAACGAGUGGUUGAAAAUAGAACCUGAAAAAAAAUUCAUAUAUUUGAACCCAUGAACUCUGCGAUACCGGUGCAGCGCUCUACCGUACGGGCCUGAAUUUUUUUCAGGUCUUAUUUUCAACUACUCGUUUCAGUAGUGUUCUUAGCUGCGAGGAUCUCUUAAUUUCAUGAUACUAAGAGCUCCACCUUUCAGAGCCCCUUCUUGCCUAGAAAGAAAAUAAAAUAUCUUCAUAAGUCUUCACAUAGCUCAGAAGGAGCUGCUGGUGUGGCAUAAUUCAAGUAUGAAGUUCAUGCCGUUUUCCGGCAGAAUUUAAGUGUUUAUUUGCCUAAUUCAACGCUUCAGUGCUGUACUUUCAAUGUACUGUAUAAUUUUCAAAUCUGAACUGCUACGGGUUUUUUCCUUCAAUUCAUGUUGAUUUCCAUAAAUUCCCAAUGAGUAAUAUCAAGAAUGUUUCUCAAUUUCAGUUGAGGAAACGAGAUCUUGUUACAUUUAUCAUGGUGUAUCGGGAACCUGUAAAUACGUGUGUGAUAAGGACGAGAGAAAGAGCUAUGGAAUGGGACAGUGCAAAGGGAGAAUAUGCUGCUUUUAA